CUGCAAUGUCUGGAUAAUGUGGGUCAAGAUUCGGAGUGUCAGUCGCCUCCGUGUGCUAUCGUGCCGUUGGGAACGGGUAAUGAUUUGGCGCGUGUGCUUCGGUGGGGUCCGGGCUAUACGGGUCAAGAGGACCCCAUCUCUGUGCUCAAGGAUGUGAUCGAUGCCGAAGAGAUACGCUUAGAUCGCUGGACAGUAGUGUUUCAUUCCGAUGAAGCGACCAAACAGACUGAGGAGAAACCGGGUCUUCCGGCCAACAGUUCCGGUUCCACAUCCGAAGACAAUACCGCCAUCUUUGUUAUGAACAACUAUUUUGGACUCGGAAUAGACGCCGAUCUCUGCCUUAGUUUCCAUAACGCGCGGGAAGAGAAUCCCGAUAAGUUUAACAGCAGAUUGCAUAACAAAGGAGUGUAUGUGAAGACUGCUCUCAAAAAGAUGGUGAGUCGGAAGGUAUGGAAAGACUUACAUAAAGAGAUACGACUAGAAGUGGACGGAAAAGUGGUUAAUCUGCCUCCAGUUGAGGGCAUAAUCAUUCUCAAUAUAUUAAGUUGGGGUUCCGGUGCCAACCCAUGGGGUGUUGAAAAAGACGAUCAAUUCUCGCGGCCUAACCAUUACGAUGGUAUGUUAGAAGUAGUGGGUGUUAAUGGUGUUGUCCAUAUGGGCCAAAUACAA